GGGAUGAUGGCUCAACAAUACAAUAGAAGCAAUUUUAAUCAAGUCAUUAACAAGGAUUCUGACGAAAGCCUAGUUGAAAUGGAUGUAUGUGAGGCUACAUAUUUUAUUAUCGAUUCUAUGUCUACACAAUAUCUCAAUUCUGAAAUCAAAGAUAAUUCAAAUAAUCAAGAACAUAAAGUUGAUGAUGACUCCAAAAACAAAGAUGGUUUUAUUCAGGCAGUAAAUAAUAUAGAACUUGUAGAGUCUGCUUCUAUUCAGAAUAUGAGUGAUGAGAAUAAUAUUCAUGAUUGUGCACUGGAAAAGGAAAUUACUGUUCGUACCAACAAAAAUCCUAGAACGAAGGUAAAGAAACAAUAUAUACCGCCAACGGUGCCGACAUCUAGCCGUUGCCGUAAUAUUUUUAAUAAAGCCCAAGAAAUACUAGAGCCAGGCAACAUUGAGAGGCCAAUACACACUAAUAUUGCUAUACAGUUUUCUGAAAACCAUACUAAAGAGACAUAUAUAGAAUUGCUAUGCAAGAUGGCUGAGAAUUUGCAACUGAAAGAAAUAGAUGGCGCUGUACAAGUAAAAAUAACAAAUAAGACACUUAACAUCCCAAUCGAUCACUUUCAUGGUUACAUACACAAUGAAAAUAACAUUUGGUGCAUGUUGUGCCGUGUCUAUAUUGCUAAAAGAGAUGCAGACAUUCACAAAUAUGAAGUGCGUCAUAUGAAUAAUAUGAUAAAGACUGUAGAUUGUCAAGGUAUGAGAAAGCUACACUUUUCCUACAGCCACUGCGUCAUUUGUAACCUGAGUUUUAAAAGCAAGAAAGCUUCGGCUGCACAUAUCACCACACUCCGCCACGUCGAAAUAAGAAACCUUUCCACAAAGAGUGAUAGUUGCUAUUGA